AUGGUUAAAAAGAUCAAACUUAACAAAAAGAAAGCAGAAGCCACAAGCAUAGAAAACCUUCAAGAAGAAACCACAAAACCCAAAAUCCCAAAAGACCUCUUCAUGAUCGAUAAAAAAGGUGACGAUUCCAUCCAAAAGAAAUUAGCUCCUCAAUACCCAGAAAAAUUCGCAAAAGAUAAAGAAAUCCGCAGCUUCACUAAAGGCGAAAAAAGGAGGCUUGAAAAACUAAAGCCUUCAAAAUCCAAGCCACAAAAAGAAGAAAAUCUUUACGAUUUAUGGAACGACGACACACAAGCCACAGCUCCAGAAACCAAAAAAACACACAUUCCUGCAGUAUUGGCCCCACACCCUGGGCAAAGUUACCUGCCUUCAAAAGAAGAGCAUAACGAUUUACUGGAAAAAAUCAUUGAAGAAGAGGAAAAUGCAGAAGCAAAAAAGCAAAAAGUCAAUGAAAUCCUUAAUAGCUACAAGGUAGUUGAUGAUUUACCAAGCCCAGUAGAAAGUGAAGAAGAAGACGACACCCCUGCAAAUUUCAUUAAAAAUCCUCCUGUAAAAGAGAAAUUUUUGACAAACACAGAAAAAAACGUAAAAAUGCGUGGAAAACUUAAAGAGAAGCUGAAAAAAAUCCAAGCUGACGAAAGGAAAUUUAAAAAACAGAUAGAUCAACUACCACAGAUUAUGGGAGAAAUUAAAAAAGAGGAGAAAAUCCGAAAACAAAGCAAAGAGGAGUUUGAAUUGCAAAAAAGACUGAGGGAGGAGCUAGAAAUGAGAGGAGAAAAAGCUCCGAAAAUAAGAAUGGGGAAGUUCCGAUAUGAGCUUCCUGAAACAAUUGGGGUUGUUGAUCUGCCUAGUAAUUUAAGAAAAGUUAGUGUGAAAGGAAACGUGACUGAAGAUAGGUUUGAUUCCUUGAUAAGAAGAAAAAUGAUUGAUAUGGAUGAAGGUAAGCCAAGGAAGAGACAAAUGGUGACGAAGGAGAGCAGAACUGGGGAUACUGCUAAAGUUAUGCAUGAAGAGAGAAAAAAGAAAGAAGAGGAAAAGCUGACAGGAAAUAUUGCAUUGAAUUAG